CUAGCCAAAAUUUGAGCGCUUUCUAUGUCAUGGCAGACGACGCUCGAGAUGGGAGGUCCAGCUCCAACGCGUUAUCCAGCGUGUUUGCGGAAAUAUCUCAGCUGCGUUCACGUGAAGCUACGGACAUCACACCGUCCGGCUUCGUUGUCGUGACAAGUGCCAGUUUCUGGAUGGACAUCUUUAUCCGGCACUUUUUGUGUGCUGAGGGCAUGGACCAACACGAUGACCUUGUGUUCUUUGUGAAGAAGACGGCAUCCAAGGCAGCUCGACGCUAUGUUCCUCGCCUGGAGACGACCGUGCAGGUGUUUCGUCGCAACUCCAAGAAACUGCCCAUAGCUGACCUGGACCUGCACUGGGAGGAGACAGUCUACCUGAACCUGAUAGUACAGCAACUGGAGUACACGCUCACGGCGGCCGCAUGCCUACGCACGGGGAACCAGCAUUUACAGGUUCUGCGACGACGCUCGCAGCGUGUGUACGCCUCUCCUACACGGCAUAGCAUGGAGGACAAAGGGGACACGGAGGAAGUGGCCUACCCGGACAUCUUCUUUGCAGUUGACAAUUACGAGGAGGCUUUCCAGGGGCUAAACCUGAGGCCAGGCGAGCUGCUGUGUGUGGAGCUGUGCGCUCGGUGUCGCGACAGCCCCCAGGCGGCGCUGCUGUUCCUGGGGUGUGUGGCACACGAGCCCCUUGCUCGGACCCUGGCCCGCGCCGAUGCUUCCUCGUCUGGCACGCCACGGGGCCGGUGCCACUUUGUGGGCCUGAGGGGGCCCCAGGGGAGGGGUCAGGCACAGGUGGCACUGAGGAGGGCGGCGGCUGUGCCAUCACAGGAGUGGCCCUGUGGUCCGUGGCGCCGAAGCUCAGAGCCCGGCUUGGCGCCACCACCAAACCCGGGACCCCUGCACCGGUGUCGAUCCGAAAGGCAGGGCAUCGACCAGUGCGGAACCGGGGAAGAGCUUGAAGCUGACGACCUCCGAGAUGCUCUUUGUGGAGAAGACUGCGCGCCCGUGGGCAGCAACAGGAACGAGGGCCUUUUGGACACCAUGCUGACGUACGUGGCGCUACCAUGGCAUCACAUCGUGGCCGACCUGUUGGACAUCCGACGUGAGCCCCUGCUUACCUUCUAGCUUCUGCUCACCGUACAAGCGCCACGGGUUGCUUGGCCGCAUUUUUCUAGUCCGACACAGUGACCACGCCCUCGGCGCGUUCUCCAGAUCGAAUGCGGUCGGUGGGGGAGACAGCGACGCACAAGGGCACGAUGCUCAGUUCUAGAGAAACCUCACAAAUUUCUGUGCCACGACGUGUUGCAGACAUUGCACUUCAAGGCCUUUCUAUCUGUGUGGUGAAAGCAGAUGCGUUGGUUCUUCACCUUACACCAAUUGUGACUGUACAAGAAUGGGUGCGAACACCUUCUGUUUGCAGUGCUCAGGCUAUCUGCUGCUGGCACCGCGAGAAUUGGCCAUUCACGCCUGUUGUCUGUGCGAACAUUGUUCAGGAGUUGAGCCUGCCUCAAUAUCACUAGUAGCUGCUUGAAAUUGUUAAACCGACGACGAACUGUUUUUCUUCUGGCGAGAAAUUGUCGGCAGUCGCUACUGCGUGUACUCAUCAGUUGUGUGCAGGCCUCACAAGCUGUGCACAACCUUUUUCCUGAUUGGCUGGAUAUCCAGCUUGGUAUUGUAUGUUAAUCAUACACUGGUACAGGAUUGGUCGAAGCGAAGAACGUGCGCUCCAUUCCUUGUGCCCUGGAUGCUAAAAUUCUGGUGAAAGUUUAGAAACAUUAAGCAGAACACAUUUCGGCCAUUAAAUUUUGUGCAGGCAUUGCCCAGCAUCAGUGUGCAUAUUGCAACGUGCAGCAGUUAAUAGGUAUACUUUUAAUUUUAAAAAUUGAUGCUGCGCUACUGUAUCCUUUGUGCGUUGCGUUAGUCUUUAAGCUAGCGCAAGUCAUCAUAACGAAGCACAGCCAACUAUUUCCCUAUCCUUUCACUGUUGAACUUGAUUAGCUGUAGCUUAGAGGUUCCGGCCUUGUGACGAGUCCUACGAUACCAGAUGAUAUUAUAACUAUCGAGUGUAGUGUCUGCGGCAAAGUUAAGACAUUUCACACGAUUUCCUACAUUUGUACAAGCACCAAGAGCAUGCACGUUGUCACAUGUGUGGCCAGCAGCUCAUCAUAAGUUUUUACAAAAGUUGCGGUAUUCUCAUGAUGCAGUAGUGCACACUGAAACUUAUCUUUGCUUGCCAUUGACAGAGUGCGCCUAGCACAGAGACGUUUUCUUAUAAUGUUGCAGCAGGCAGGAGUCCUGUGCAUUGCAUUUGUAUGCAAAUUAUUUGCUGCAGCUUUGUUACACCACACGCAGGCACCAAACAUCUGCAGCUCAAGAAACGACAUCAAUAUAUUUGCAUAAUGGCAUGUAGAACAUUUUCAAUAUGCAUGCUUGUCUCAUUUUCUUUUUGUACCAACAUUGCAUAUAUUGAUAGAUGGAGCCUUGCCUACAAGAUUUGCAAUCAUGCCUCAGUGACAAAAACGUCACUGUGGUGUUACAGAGAGUAGAAAAAAGGCUGGUUUUGGUUUGGAAUCUGUAAGCCAUGCAUGGGAGCUGUACUUGUGGUCACUUGGUUAGACACGUUUGGAUGAAAACGUUGUUAUGCACAGGGACGAAAUCGGACGACACAAACGCAGUCGCACUCUUUGUGGUGUGUGCUUCGUCCAGUUUUGUGCCGGUGUACUAUAACAGCAUGUUUAUCUAUAAGCCGUGUAGGGGUGCACAGCUGUGUGGGCACAGUUGCUUGGGAGGGUGGCAUUGGUUAGGCAGCAUUGCCGUGAUCUUUCGACAGUGAAACCGUGCUAUCCCCAAAAUGAUUCCAUCCAUACCAGGUUCUCGGCGUAGAACUCAAAGUCGCGGUAGGUGCGACAGCGCUGACCGUGGCACUGUCAGCUGUAGUUCUCACUUGUUGGACGCUACCUUGGACGAUUAGUUCAGUCUUUAUAAAACUGUUUUUCUUCUGGCGAGAAAUCGUUGGCAGCCGCUACUGCGUGUGUACUCAACAGUUGCGUGCAGGCCUCACAAGCUGUGCACAACCUUUUUCCUGAGCAGACGGAAGUGACAAUAGAACCAAUACGAAAUCUAAGUGAGCCAUGAUGUUUGUCAGAAGAGAUUAUGCUGAAGCACGUGCAGUUUUUACUGGUGUGUUCACACAUGUUGUGUUACUUGCCCUAGAACCAUUGGACCAGUGGUCUCAGUAUGGCUUGCUAAAUCUGUGCAGUGAGAUGAGCAUCAUUGGCUAAAUUAACGCCCAAUCGUCACUGCACAUAUUUAUCACUAGGUAUUCCAGGUGUUACUCAGCUUGCAAUGUGUUGAAUGAUGAGACUUCACGCUUUGCCUGCACUGGCUGAACUAGUUUAUGCUGUGCAGUAAUUGGCUUUUUUGGUUGGUCUACUGAGUGCGAGUCAUGCGUAGACCACUCCACUUGCUGUGAAGUCAGUUAACUGUCCAAUUGCACUGCAGGAAUAAUUGAACAUUGAUGCUACAUUGAACACUGAGGUUUCUACCCUGCUAAAAAGCAUUGAGUAUUUGCAUGCCAACAUUAUGAAUGUUGCAGGGACGUGUUUUGUCAACAUUAUCAACACCGUUUCUGCAACAUCAGUACAGGUGUUGCAUCAGUACCGGCCUGCAUCAGAGCAGUUCACAUUUUAUUUAUCUGCUCGCAACAGCGUCUGACAAUUGUUCGCAACUGCAUAACAGUGCCACUGAACUGCAUACAACCACCUUGGACAGUAUUUGCAGGGAAGCCUAAUGUACUGUCGUGAAUGAAUAUAGUGUCAUCAGCAACUUCCUUUACAAUUUCGAUCAUUAUGAAAUAUGCAUGCUUCACAAAGUAGUGAAAGGCAUAUGAAUACCACACUCAAGGAUUGUACAUAGGCCAACAACAUUGUAAUACUCAGUUGCAUCAUCAUCAGCCAUUGCUACCACAGCUGUAUCAUAGCCAAAGCCAUUGACUCGCAUGUUGUUGCUGCUCACAUCAAUGCAUAAUAAUUACUAACAUGGCUAGCUGUAGCUCCCAUGAUCGUUUUGGACAUCCUGUAAUGCGAGAACGUUCAAACCUUCGCAGUUUGGCUACUCAUUAUUCACUCUGGCCUAACUGACAUUAGGGUUUAAAUGUGUGCAAGCCCAUUUGCUGAUAAUGUUGACCCUCGAUAUUACAAACAUGGUUAUAAUAAAUCGCUGCAUACAAUUCAGCAAAUCUAAAAUGUUUCUUGCCAAUAUCAGUGUGUAAAGAUUAUAUACUUAAGAUGAAUAUCGAAUAUAAUAAAGAUAUUUUCGUGUCAGAGGCAACUUCACUUAAUAGUGGAGUUCAACUCUACUGCCCAGCUACAAGGUUGUCUCAGUAGCGCCUGCUCGCUCCUAUUGGUGGCACUUUGGAAGUUAGGAAUAAAAGGAGACUGCAUCAAAGAAGUUGAAAGAAAGUGCAAUGUUCGAUGUUCAGUACUGUCUUUUAUGUGUGCUACGUAACUGACGUUGAACCAACAAGAUCUGUUAACCUUGCCUAAGAGACCUGUGACUUUGCGUCGGCAUCCUGCUAGUUGGGAUGUUUACCAACUGGCGGGAUACCAACUAGCAUGUUAUGAACCAGUAAGUUUGCAAACUAGCAGGCUGUAACUUUGUUGUGAGCAUUCUUCUAAACUUGCUUAACAGACCUAUGACCUCGCACUGGCAACCAACUAAUCUAAUCUAACUAAUCUAAUCUAAACUAAUCAGUUUCAUGCCCAGUGCACGGACGCAGUUUCAUAUUCUGCUGCUGGCUACGUUUCUUUGGACAUGCUGUAAUCAUUUCCACGGUAACGCUGCACACAGGUUUAUAUGCAGCCACAAUCGGAUAGUCUGCAUUUACAUAGCACGAUGAAAUGCUGCAUGUGCUACCAGCGAAAAGGUACUGAAUUGCAAUGUCUGCAACACGGUGUUGUGCACUGCUUUGGUAUCCUCAUUGGCAUUCGCAGCAAAUUGUUUUCCUGUCUAGUCAUUCCAUGCCCCGCUGGCUCGCAGCUGCUGGUCAGCUGCCUAGAGAACGUCGGCCGGCAAAGCUCAAAACAAUCUGGGACGGCAGUGUUGCAACUCGUGCAGGCAGCAGCAGCAGCAGCACUGUUGUCCGCACUCACCCUCGGAAGGUGGCAUUUUUAUUUUUGGAGCAAAGCGUUGUCACACUCCCCAGUUUGUGCAGGUCAUUUGUACUCCUAGUCUUUAGUCAGGUUCAUAAGGUAGGACAAACACACGCGGCUGUCACCAUGGAGGAAGGAAAAAAAUAACUGAGACACCCUGAUGCCAAUCUCUGUGAAGCCUUGAACCGGCAGCUCCAUAUUAUGGUCGGCUCCUCCUCGCCACCUGCCCUUGCGCAUUUCGAAGCCAAGCGCACCUCCUCCACACUCUGUACCGCGCCGUCCGAGGUCGCAUAAGUCACGGGGAGCAAACAGUGCCCUUAGCAACCAAAUCAAAUCAUUCAGCGAUCACAGGAUGUUUGGGGCGGGAAAAAAAAAGUUAAGCUGGCUUGACUGGGCCCUGCCCCCAACGAAUGGUGAACAAUAAAAAAGUGCGGAUAACUAAACAGGUCACAGACUUGCAGUAAGGUUGUAUUAACAAUGCGCAUAGAAAAGAGCUUCAGCAUUGUCCAGCAAAACAGAUCAGACAACUUUAUAUAAAUUGGUAGGCAACAACAGAUGUCAGUUAGCACGGAAUAAAUUUCUGUAAGAAAAAUGAGAUCUGGCCAUGAAACCAGACUCCAGGGUGCAAAGCAGGGAACACAUGAUGUAUAAAAAUUUGGGUAAUGUAAUGUGGAUUACGGUUUGCCCUACAAAUGAGAACGAAGAAGGCCUACAAUGACGCACGACUUUCAUUGCAUUUGUCAUAAUGCAUCUGGGACAGUUUGGAUUUUUCCUUAGUUGUUCUUCCUCCAUUGUGGCCGUCACCUCACGAAUUAUUCAUUUCAUAGCACUCGUGUUGAAAAUUACAUUCAAAAUGCCUUUCACAUCAAUUUUUUUAUAAGGAACACAUCAUUUGGGAGAUAUUUGAUGAGAAAAAAAAAUUUUUAAAGUCUGGCAGUAGACAGUUUACAGUCUGGUGGGUUUGCAUUAGUACAUCUGUUGAGCAAAAGAGAGAGAGAGAAGUGUUUGUUUUGAAGUACAGAGAGCCGUGCCAGAGACCCCAUAAUUGAGACAAAGACCCGAAUUAGCGUGCCAACAGAACGGUCAGCACUCUGCAUUUGCAAGUGGUUUGCAUGCUCUGCUUGGCUUCAGUGUGUGCGCGACAACUGCUGUGUUGACCAUGACACUCAAUGGUACGAGUACUGACUUUUUUUGGAGGAGCUGACACAUGGUGUCCGCAGUGCGUGUGUGGAAGAAAUACCUUGUUGAUGUAUUCAGAGUUUUGACGAGAACUGCUCUUAACUCUCACAGGACUGAUGGAACAAGCAUUUUGUUUGUUCCGGAAAGUGGAACAUACUGGCUGUACUGCAUGCGUGAAACAAAAAAAAAAGCUUGUUAAUAUAUUUUCAGAGUUCAUUGGGGCCAUUCGGUACUCUCUGUUCACCCAGAGCAGAGCUUUCAACGUAAAACCUAAUUUGGAGCUCUUAUCCUGUAGGAUUGUUAACGGUGAUGGCUGAAGAUGCAGAGUUUUAUGGAAGACCAGAAAACCUAAAGGCAAAUGACAGCCUGAGGCGGUAUUAUGUAAGAAUACUUUUCUCUUGGAGUAUAUAUAUUCGUUUAUGACCACCCAUCGCAGCAAAUGGCUGAUAGUAGUGGCAAAAUAAGUGUAACGUCACUCUGCCCAAUGACCAAGGACAAAAAAAAAAUGGAAAACAAAAAGAACCUUUACAUAAUAUGGCCCCUGAGCUCUUCUCAGGGUACUGCAUCACCACAGGUGCAUGGGAAGUAGAUGACAUCUAACUAGUACUGAAUACUUGUUCAAGAGGCAGGUGGCAUGACACGUAGGUUCCUUGAAAAUUUGCUGGAGGAAGCUCUCGUGCUAGCAACUAUGGGAGCUGCAUGCACUCCUAAACUUUCUCCUUCUGGCUUCAAACAGCUCUGUUACUUGCGAAGUGCUCAACAAAAUAUUAGGUUAUGAAUGGAACAAUUCGCAACGAUUAUGCAUGCGCGCAGAGUCUUAUUGUCUUAUUGGCUUCAUGCAUCUAGAGAAUGAUUGCUUGAAAAUUUAGAACGAUGAAGCGUAAUAAGUAAUGCUCCAAGAACCUCUGAAGCCACAAGCACGAAGAGUAGACAAAUCCGACGUACUAAUUAUGCACAUUCUUAUGGUUAGCUGAAUGAUCACAGUGCCAGAGUUUCCUGUAGUAACUUUUGUGAGAAACUAUAGCAGGAAAGACAUGACAGAAAAUGCAAAGUGUAGAGAUAUGCAAUGGCAUUGGAUAAAAUCGAGUAAAAAAAAAAUCCAUUUUUAUGGUUGACUUACAAUGUGGAAGGGAUAACGACUACGUUAAAAAAAAAAAAAAACCUGUGCCAGCCUAUCUUUAACCAUGAAGAUAUGAUGGGUAUGUGUAGGGAAAGAGCAAAUAUCGUGAGAAGUUGCAAUGAGCAAGGAACAAGUUGACAACGCAAUAUUUUUUUUUUAUAAGCACUUCACUUUCAUUAUUGCACAUCUCUCAAAAAUCACAGUUCCUUCAUAGAAAAGCUUAAUUGAAGGUGUGGUGACACGAUGGUUAUCUACACGAGACUUCCUUGAUUGUUUCCCACAGCGUCUCACUUGUCAAGUUAUAACAGGACAAAACCACUUUGCUAGCAAAGAGGGCUGAGAUGACCAGUUGAGUUUGAGCGUACAUUGCACAUUCCCAUAGUCUUUCAUUGGGACAGCAUCCGUGUGUCCAGUAUGUAAAGCAUUUCUGCAGAGGCCCCAUGAACACAUUACAGUUGACAGAAUUGUGAAACACCAGAGACUGGUCUGCAUAGCAACACUGGUAGCCCUGGCUUGUGAUGGAGAUGUCAUACGAAGGUGCUGGUGCAAACCUCAUAACCUAUCUGCUAGUGCAAACACAUCAGCAGAAACUAUUAUUACUAUAUAAUGGAUCUCUCUUCAUUUGGCCUUGCGAGGAGACACUUAAAAGGUUUCGGACACAUAGUUAAAGAAAGUAUCACAGGACAGCGCUACCAGCACUUUUGCUGGCUUCAGUCUCUCCAGUGCAUAGGUAUUUCUUAAGCUGUGAUACAUUCAUGCACAGAGUAAAACUACCUUAUUCUGUUUUCCUCCAGUUCAAGAGAUUACAUACAUAACUUCCUUUUCACAUUUACAGCAUCUGUUUUGUUCCUAGUCUGCAUACGUCUUGUAAAGGCUAGUAGCUUCUUUGCAAGUUUCAGGUGUGCUUUAUGUUAGAAUUAAAUGCAGCAUUUGCUUAUGUGUAGCUGUCAUUAUACCUGCCAUGCCUCAAGUCAGUCUCGCUCAUUGACACGUCAACAAGCCCAAAUUCACAAGGCAUCACUGUGGGUUCCCCUGCUAAAUUGCGAUCCAGCUUUGCAUCUUCAUUUGCCGUUGUGACUAAACUGUUAUGAUUGUAGCAUGCACUUUCAGCAGUCUGCAACCAAGUGGUCAUGCGCAGUUUAGUGUUAUUGAAUGUGUAUAUGCAAAGUUUUCUUGGCGCAUCUUGUCAACCGUGUCGCUUUCUUUCUUGGCCUGCUGUACCUGGCUGGCCACAGGAUGUUGAGGUCAUGCAAUCUGUCAACAUGAGCUUUGCCUGUUUGAACUUUGGAUUGUUGUUGUACAGUCUUGCGACUUGGCAUUGGACACUUGUCACUGUAGCAUGCACUGCUGGGACUGUGUACAGUCCUUGCAGUAUCCCUUUUAUGUCAGUGUCACAGGUGCAAGAUUAGUGGCGCUAAGUGCUAAGUCCCUAAGUUCUUUGAUGACAUUAUGUGUGCAGUCAGCACAACACACAUGUAUGUAUUUAAUGUCAUUAAGUGCUGUGGUAAUGGCAUAUGCAAUCGAUGCAGCAGGUUAUGGUUUGGUGUCACGAUUUUCAAAGAGAAAGGCCAUCUGUUGCUUAAAUGCACGAACAAUUUCACAAAAAAAACGUUAGUAGGCAUUUCUUAAGCAAGAUCUGCUGUUUCAGCUGUGUUUAUGCUCAUGUCUAGAAGCAUCCCUGUCGACUGCUGUCAAACCCAAAGUUGAUGUGGUUGAAGGAGAAUGUCAGCUCUAGUUUUGAGAAUGUGAAACCGAACAGAUGACAGUGAUGAGGAUGAAUGUAGUGUUGUGUGGUGCAAGGGUCAAGUAUGACCAAAGAGCACCGGGCCAGAACAGAUGACAGUGCUGAUGACUUCUGAUGUGUGAAAAUACUUUCAACAAAUAGUUGUGAUGACUUUGUUACAUAUGUGUUUCAAGCCAUCUAACCAAAUGUUUCUCAACACAUGCUUUUAGUGUACUAUGGAGUUACUGGAAUGUGGCAUGUUCCGAUUGGCACCAAGUCCACCUGUGUGGCAGCACACGAAUGUAUUUUGCAGUUAUCUCGUUAGCACUUAAUGCCAUUCGUUUCGCUUGUGUGACACAGGUAUUGCAAGGUUCUCAUGGAAUGUAAACAUUGUGCUUGUGUCGACAUGGACAAGGGUAAACUUUUACUUUUAGGAGAAAGGACAUGUGCUGUGCUGUGGCUUGUGGUUUUCAGCUAGAACUGUUGCUUAUACCCUCCCUGUAGGAACAUGGCACAUCUAGUCAAAUUUACACUGUCAUCUUUCCUGCAAAUGAGUGUAAAUUGACUUUAUUUUAGAUAUGUUAAACGGGUAUUUACUGCUGUGGAUACCAAAGGAAGACUGGAACGAAAUACGGAAUAAAUGUAUAUUGGAGGAGUAUUUCUCAAAAAAUUUUGCACUUCAAUAAAGAAAAGUUUUCAGCGGAGAAAAGCGAGGCUGAACUUUCUAUAUUUUACAGAAUCAAUUGCAUGAGUACGAUGUCGCAGAUUUCAAUGCAUUGUCAGGUGUUUUCUAUGUGUUCACGAAGAAAAUGUUCCCGAAAGUAACCAGGUUGAGUUCCUGCUUAGAUUUGAAUGCAGUGUGAUCUUCAUUAGGAAACAAGAAACUGGCUCAAAAUAGACACUGUCAAAAUUGUUAUCAUGGUUAAAUGGUGCAAGAAAUGUUGUUUCUGUGUCCAUACUGGCUUUUUGUAUUUUGAUUACAGUAAAGAUGAUUUGUUUGGGA